AUGCUGUCAAGACAUUUCCCAGGAACUACAUCGACGACCACUCAAGAGCUCCUUUCAUUCCGCCCAGGCCCUAUCUUUCGGCGACGACGAGCAACCAUCAUGCCUUCUCUCUUGGACCUCUCAGACGAGCUCUUGGCACACAUUUGCACCUACGCCAUGACAUACGAAUACCCAUCCCGACCCACCAGCGCCUCAGCAUUCACAUACCCAAACGGCGUUAUAUCCGACCACCUCUCCCGAAAACUCCGAGCCCUGCUCCAACCCAUGCGAAGCUGCCGAAAACUCUACAAAAUCUCUCGCCACGAAUUCCUCGAAUCCAACAUCGUGGUCCUAAACCUCAGUGAUCUCCGCAUGAGUGCUUGUCGCCUGGAACAUCAACCGGAAAACAGCCAGCUUCUGUAUACCGGCAAUCCAGACCCGCUUCUUGCACAGCUUGUACAUGUUGAGCUUGUGGUUUCUGUUUCGGAUAUGCGAGCGCCGUUCUCCCAGCCGUUUGCGAAUCGGGGCGAGUCGGGGGUGCUUUGGAGGAGUCGUGAGGAUGUUCUUUCGCUGCGUGAGGAAGAGGGCAAUCUGAGGGAAAUGUCGAGGCUUUGUAGGAGUUUGCGGAGUUUGCAUGUCUUUUUGAAGAUUGAUGAGUGGUUUCUGUGUGGAAGAGGGGGGAUGGAUUUGACUAGCUCUCCGACUCGGGAAUUGACGGGGCUUGAGGCACGGUAUCGUAGACAUGUUGAGGCGGUUAUCGAGAUGACGAGCAACGUGCCGGUCAAAGCUGCUACUGUUUCGUUCUAUCACUGGAAAGGCGAUGUCGUUGAUCUGGAUCUUCGGGAAAAGGAGCCUGGUGAAGUUAUCGAUAUUCUGCUUGGGACUGCUUCGACUUUGCCGAAAGCUGGGUACUAUUGGCAUGAUAGGAUUGCCCGGGUCAAGACCACAGGCGUGACGGCUCGGGUGGAAGAGCCUAAGCUCUUGCGUGGCAUGUCUCGAUGGCCUUUGCAUAGCUGCUGGCAAUUCGAUGAGCGAGCGCAAACCCCAGCUGAGAGCAAGGACAUAAAAGGCGUGAGAAAUCACAACAUCAUCCAAAUCAGUCUCGAAGGCGCUGAUGUCGUCGGGACAGCAGAUCUGCGGCAUCGAUGCCUGCCAACUUUGUACGAUGUUGAGUCACUACCAUUGACGCUACUCGCCAAAUCGUCCGUCAUUCAUUACAUGGAGUCACUGGUACACGACGUUCAACGCCCAGGGUUUGCCGAUGCCACAGCGCCGCCAGCUUGGCGAGCCGGCUGCGACUUGGAAUGUGGAAGACUAGUGCUCGCGGUACGUGACAAGCAGGAUCUCAUCGAUGCCGAGAAAAUGAAGCAGAACAUGGCGCUUUUGGCCGACGAUUUCCUGCGCACCUCUGGCAAUCCACUACUGAUGGCGCUCAUUGUCCCAGCCGACUCACUUUCAAUCCUUCGCACUGGUAUGGGCGACGCUGCCGAAACAGAAAUCAACGACCUCCAAGCCCAAACCAUGCAAUACCUUGCCGAAUACAUUAAAGUCCAUAAUGGUACUUCGAAUAUCAUCAUUCCGCCAGAAGCGAAGAAGAGUGAGAUACUCACCCCCCUGGCAACGAUCUCAGACAGCGCAAAAGUCCAUGACGAUGGGCCUCCAGCUGGUGCUUUGCUCAACACUUCUCGCCAUCUCGUCUAG